GGCUGUGUUGGCCCCGCGCUUUCCUUUUCCGGUGGCGGCGCCGCGCGGUGAGGAGCUCUUGUCUGGAUCCGCAGCCAUGCCGUCCAAGGGGCCCCUGCAGUCCGUGCAGGUUUUCGGACGCAAGAAGACGGCCACAGCCGUGGCGCACUGCAAACGGGGCAACGGCCUCAUCAAGGUGAACGGGCGGCCCUUGGAGAUGAUCGAGCCGCGCACGCUGCAGUACAAGCUGCUGGAACCUGUUCUGCUCCUGGGCAAGGAGCGAUUUGCUGGCGUGGACAUCCGUGUCCGUGUGAAGGGUGGUGGUCACGUGGCCCAGAUUUACGCCAUUCGCCAGUCCAUCUCCAAAGCCCUGGUGGCCUAUUACCAGAAAUAUGUAGACGAGGCCUCUAAGAAGGAGAUCAAAGACAUCCUCAUCCAGUAUGACCGGACUCUACUGGUGGCUGAUCCCCGUCGCUGUGAAUCCAAGAAGUUCGGAGGCCCUGGAGCCCGUGCUCGCUACCAGAAAUCCUACCGAUAAGCCUGUCGUGGGGCUUGGGUCCCUCUUUAUAAUAAACAGUGGUUGUUGGAUUUUAAGGUUUCAA